UCUGCUAGGUCUUUUUGGAAUGGCUGCUAACGUUGUUUGAAUGUUUAUAUGGUAUAUUCGUCGCGUUGAUUUCUGUCAUCCAAAAAAUAUUAACUUGAUUUGCAGAUUGUCUUAAUCUCUGCAUUGAAUUCGUGUUUCCAUAUAUUAUGGAUCUCAUCUCUGUUGUCCGACGUAGUCAUUAUGAAGAAAGCCCCAGGAAACGCCAACGAUUAAACACGGGCAAUUCUCCAUGGGAAAAUGAGUCUGAUAUUGGGGUCACAGCGUGUGCUGUGUCUCCUCAAAAUGUUAUAGCAUUUGCUUGUUAUGGAACACUGAAGAGUAGUACAGCAGGUCCAAGUGACCAAAACAUGAAUGUUGUUGUUUGUGACGCUAAUACCCCAUGGGAUACUCAUAUUGUUAAGAGCUGUGUGGCACAAGUAACUGUUCUGGAAUGGGAUCAAUCUGGUCAUUACUUGCUUAUCGGUGACACUGCGGGAAAUGCAGAAAUCUGGACAACGCUCACACAUCUUUUGAAUGAAUGGACCAGAGUAGCUAACAUUUGCAUUCCAGAUGAGCCAAUCCAGGCUGGAAUGUUUUUCUUUAACGGAAAGAAAACAUUUUUAAAUUGCCAAAACCGGGAAAGUGUGUCAUACCUGGACAAGUAUAUUCAAGUAGAUAUGAAACCAACUAUUCGCGGAUUCGGAGGUCGUCCUCUACAAGGUUUUCUUGUUGUUGGAAUGACUGGCCUUGUGCAAGCUUUUGUGAUGGGUGGUACUAAAGGGAAAACAACAAAUGUAGAAAUUCUUGGCGGAAUACGAUUAGCAUAUUCCUUUGUGGAUCUUGCCUGGACAAAAGAUGGAGAAAUAUUAGCGGUAGCAUGCACGGGUAUCCCUUUGGACCCGAUUGUAUAUUGCAAGCUUACCAUUCAAAAAGAUGACGGAGUGGAAUUCAGUUGCCUUCUUGAUGAAUAUCGUCUUCGUUCUGAAACACUCACUGGACUUUUCCCCCUGCAGUCAGGAGCCAACGAAAUGCGUGUGUGCGGUGUGAAUUUCAGUUCACGAGAAGAUCCAUCGGGAAUAUUCCUAGUAGUAAAUGGAAUUAAUAGUGGGACGCUGCAGUAUUGGGAGCUGUCAGAAGUUGAACGAACGAUUCAUUCUCUCUUCUCCACUUCGGCUGCCAUGAGUCGCUUCCUGCAGUGGCAGUGUAUGUCCGUUUUCAAUUGCAACAGUCGAAUCACCUACGUCUGUCCGUCACGCAAUGUCUGGGUAAACGGCCAAGAAGCGGGUAGCCCUCCACAGCAUCAUUUAGUCAUCGCAACAGUAUGUGGAGAGUUAUUGUGCUUACAUCGCGAGAGUAUGAAGCAGGUUGGACACCUCAGCAUUGUGGAUAGGUCGAAAUGUGAAAGCGCCCAAUUGAAAACGGUCAGCUCGGCGUGUUUCACCGCCACUGGCAAUGCAUUGAUUGCCUUCGAUAACACUGCGACAAUGUUUGUCUGCAAACUUUCUCCCAUCACAGAUCCUGGAGCUGCGGUCACCAUUCCUUAUGCAUUAAUGUCAUUGGAGUAUUGUCUGCUGACUGGUAUCGACUAUUGGGACGUUCUUAUCGGUUUGCGAUCGACGAUGCUGGAUUCCCUGUGUGAACGAUUAACCGACUCCUUCAACCAGCAAUCUAUUGGAUUACAGCAAUUGCUGCAAUAUAGAUUGCUCAAUAUUAAAUUGGCUAUCUUCAGGUUGGGUCCAACUGCGAGUUCAAAAGCCGGAUUGCAAUACGGUAUUAUUAUGCUUAACUCAGUAUAUUACGCACUGAAAUCGCUGCUGAGGCCACCAUCAGAGCUCUUUAAUCAAGAUAGAGCUCCUGCAGAUAGCCUUACUGCUGUGUUGAGUUCCAAAGUUCCAGAGGUCGGCACUGAAGUUGACAAAGUGUUGCUACACUUGGAAGUCAAAGAAUUUACAGUUGAGGCAUCAACUCUCAUCACAGUGCAACAUCUUAUUCAAUGGACGGUCACCUUUAUUUUGAGGUUAUUGAACAAUUUGCCCGAUUGGCGAACUGCAACCACUACACGAGGAACAAUGUGCGACAUGCUACGUGACCCUAAACUACUCAAUAUGUUUCGAGAACUAUUGGUCAUAUUCAGGAUUUGGGGCUUGAUUCGUCACUCGUGCUUGCCUACUUUCAGCUACAUGGAGAACGUUGAUGUCAUUGCCACACUGUUUCGCAUUCUAACUCGACUUCUUCAAACAUCAGAACCUGAUGAAAGCCUUUUAGACGAAUGUUGCCAGCUUUCGAGUCAACUCAUUAUUCCUGACAUUGGGCUCUCGUUGCCAGCGCGUGGAAUAGCCAGCCCUACUUUGUUUAAUCAGCUACCGUUGCAGUACGAAUACGGAAGCCAUCCAGAAGAGCCCAGUUCAACCAAGUACGACGGCGUCGAAGGCGAGAGCAAAGUCGACUCGAUUCGCCACGUCUACCUUGGUUCGAAACCGCAUAAUGUUCGCUACUGCUCGCGCUGCAAGGGCAUCAGCAUCGUCGUUAAGGGGUUGCGGGUGGGUCGAUCGAACGCUGCCAAAUCGUGGGACAUGCGAUGGCAGAUGUCGUGCAUUUGUCGCGGGAAAUGGAGCCGACAAGAAGUCCAGUAAUUUGUAGUUCAUUUAUUCGCGUUUGUACGGCUGUCAAUUUUUGAAUUCCAUUUCGUGGUUGGAUAUCAUACACUCUCAUGCACAAUUA